CGUGACGUUUGUUUUUGGUGUCACAUGAGAGACUCCCAUGCUAUCUGGCUAGCAAAAUGGCAGCAUUCUUACAGUGGCGAAGAUUUGUGUUUUUUGAUAAAGAAUCGGUUAAAGAUCCUGUAGACAAUGGAAAAAACUUUUAUCUUCCCAGCGGAAUAUCGGCGUCUGAUUCCGGCCGCGGUCACAUUGUUCUUGGAGAUAUGGAUGGCCAGAUCUGGCUUUUGCCACGCUCGAUGAAGCUUGAGUCCUUCCAGGCUUACAAGUUGCGUGUGACACACCUGCAUCAACUCAAGCAGCACAGCAUCCUUGUCUCAGUGGGGCAGGAUGAAGAAGGAAUAAACCCUCUGGUGAAGGUGUGGAAUCUCGACAAGAAGGAUAGUGGGAAUCCCUUGUGCACUAGGAUUUUCCCCGCAAUUCCCGGGAAUAAGCCAACAGAGGUGUCAUGCCUCAGUGUGCACGAGAACCUCAACUUCAUGGCCAUUGGCUUUACAGAUGGCAGUGUGGUGCUAACCAAGGGGGACAUCACCAGAGACCGCCACAGCAAAACGCUGACGCUGCACGAGGGCACCUGUCCAAUCACCGGCCUCUCCUUCCGCCAGGUCGGCAAGGUCACACACCUGUUUGUAGCAACGCUGGAAAAAGUCCAUUGUUACACGCUGUCCAUCAAGGAGUACCCCAGACUGGAGCUGGACACGCACGGCUGUGCCCUGCGCUGCUCCUCCCUCACCGACCCGUCCCAGGACUCCCAGUUCAUCGUGGCAGGGGACGAGUGCGUGUACCUGUAUCAGCCCGAUGAGAGGGGCCCCUGCUUUGCCUUCGACGGGCAGAAGCUGCUGGCCCACUGGUACAGAGGCUACAUGCUGCUGCUCACCAAGGACGCCAAAUCGCCCAGCAAGGCAGCGUUUGCGAGCAGAGAGACGUCCCCCUCAGAAAAGCAGCUGUUGACCAUCUACGACCUGGACAACAAGUUCAUCGCCUACAGCGCCCCCUUUGACGACAUCAUCGACGUCCUGGCCGAGUGGGGCUCCUUCUAUGUGCUCACCAGGGACGGCAAGAUGUUUGUUCUGCAGGAGAAGGACACUCAGACUAAACUAGAGAUGCUUUUCAAGAAGAACCUGUUUGUGAUGGCUAUAAACCUGGCUAAGAGCCAGCACCUGGACAGUGACGGGCUGUCGGAGAUCUUCAGGCAGUACGGAGACCACCUCUACCUCAAGGGGGACCACGACGGGGCCAUCCAGCAGUACAUACGAACCAUUGGGAAGCUGGAGCCGUCCUACGUGAUCCGGAAGUUCCUGGACGCCCAGCGGAUCCACAACCUGACGGCCUACCUGCAGGCCCUGCACCGGCAGUCCCUGGCCAACGCGGACCACACCACCCUGCUGCUCAACUGCUACACCAAGCUGAAGGACAGCUCCAAGCUGGAGGAGUUCAUCAAGAGCAGCGAGAGCGAGGUCCACUUCGACGUGGAGAUCGCCAUCAAGGUGCUGCGGCAGGCGGGCUACCACAGCCACGCCGUCUUCCUGGCGGAGAAGCACGCGCAGCACGAGUGGUACCUGAAGAUCCAGCUGGAGGACCUCAAGAACUACCUGGAGGCGCUGCGCUACAUCGGACGCCUGCCCUUCGAGCAGGCGGAGAGCAACAUGAAGCGCUACGGCAAGACCCUCAUGCACCACGUCCCCGACGGGACCACCUCUCUCCUCAAGGACCUCUGCACCGACUACAAGCCCAAGAAGGAGGGCGCCGACAGGGAGACGCCGCAGAGAGGGCUCGAGGUUAAGGCCAACUCGGAGGAGUUCAUCCCAAUCUUUGCCAACAACCGGCGGGAGCUCAAGGCCUUCCUGGAGCACAUGAUCGAGGUGGAGCCCUUCUCCCCGGCCGGGGUGUACGACACGCUGCUGGAGCUCAGGCUGCACGACUGGGCCCACGAGGAGGAGCCCGAGCAGAAGAAGGUCCUGCAGGGGGCAGCACUCUUCCUUCUGCACAGCGACAACACAGUGUUUGACAAGGCCCUGGUCCUCUGCCAGAUGCACAACUUCAAAGAAGGAGUACUGUACCUCUACGAAAAGGGCAAACUGUACCAGCAGAUCAUGCACUACCACAUGCAGAACGAGGAGUACGGCAAAGUGGUGGAGGCCUGCAAGCGCUACGGGGACCAGGAGGUGUGCCUGUGGGAGCAGGCGCUGGGCUACUUCGCCCGGAAGGAGGAGGACUGCAAGGCCUACAUCAGCCAGGUCCUGCAGCACAUCGACCAGAACAACCUGAUGCCCCCGCUGCUGGUGGUGCAGACGCUGGCGCACAAUUCGACGGCCACGCUGUCCGUCAUCAAGGACUACCUGGUGAACAAACUGCAGAGGGAGAGCCAGCAGAUUGAGGACGACGAACGCAAGAUCCGCCAGUACCGCGAAGAGACUGCUCACCUCCGCACCGAGAUCCAGGACCUGAGGACCAGCGCUAAGAUCUUCCAGAAGACCAAGUGCAACAUGUGCAGCAGUCCGCUGGAGCUGCCCUCGGUCCACUUCCUGUGCAGCCACUCCUUCCACCAGCACUGCUUCGAGAGCUACGCCGACAGCGAGGCCGAGUGCCCGACCUGCAUGCCAGAGAACCGCAAGGUCAUGGACAUGCUGCGCGCGCAGGACCAGAAACGGGACCUCCACGACCACUUCACCAGACAGCUCCGCAGCUCCAACGACGGCUUUUCGGUGGUGGCCGACUACUUCGGCAGGGGGGUGUUCAACAAGCUGACCCUGGUCACGGACCCCCCCGGGAGCAGGGCUGCGAGCAGUCUGGAGACAGACCUCCAGAGAGACCUCCUCACCCACACCAAGAGGAACAGCUAGAGAGAUUGUGUGUGUGUGUCUGUGUGUGUGCGGGUGUGUGUGCGGGUGUGUGUGUGCGCGUGCGCGUGUGUGUGUGUGGGCCUGUCUGUAGCGAUAGCCAUGCUAUUACAUGAACCGUGGCCCCAGAAUUGGUUGCCAAGCAAAGAAAGAGAACAAGUCUCUGCUGCACGAUCUGUGACGAUGAACUACUUAAUUUCCUCUUUACAUUGUCCAUAUUAUUGUCUCAUAUUGUAUUUAACAUGUAAAAGUAGAAGAGUGUCAAAAGGCCUUCAAGCUGGAUUGUAUUCAAUAUGUUUUUGUGUCUGCUUUCAUCGUGUCGGCUAAUCAGACUGCAGAUAUGCGGUAACUAACAGCAGAAGGAUGAAUUCCUAGUAUCUCUUCAGCAUCAUGUCUCAUUGUCUUAAGAAAUAAAAUGCUGACUAUCGAAAAAAAAAUUUAACUCUUUGGAUACUGUACCUUCUGGUUAAGGGGUGGUGUUUGAUGUUUUGUUCAAGGCACAUUCUUUCUUUAACCCCGUUAGUUAUUUGUUGUUGUGUUGUCUCGUAUGUUGCCACAGAGAAACUAAAGCAUCUGCUUUGCAGCGAAUUUCCAUUCAAUUAAUGAAUUCAGUUACUUUCUAAAAAGGCUUUCAUAUGCAUCAUGAGCAGACUACUUCAAGGUCAUUAUCCAUGAUCUCACCGUGGUUGCAGACAUGUACAGUCAAUGUAUUUGCCCACACAUCUUGGCAUGCUCCUCACGACAAGCCAUUGUUGUUGACCAUUUGCUAUUUAUUUAGUCAUUGUAUAACCAAUUAAAAACUGAAUAGAUACAUAUUUUACAUAGAAAAUAAUGAUCCCUAAUCGGACUGUUUUCUGUGGGAGGAGAAGAAGAAAAUGAAUAACAGGAAUCUAGACUGAAGAAGCGACCAGACUGAUUAAAAUAUAAUCAAAUUAUAUCAAACAAAAUAUGUAAAGUAGAGGAUUCCCAUUCCGACUGAGCAUGGUCAGUGUUCAGUUGGGCAUGGAUAGAGCCUGUACUCAAGAUGUCAAAGGCAACCACAUUCAACGACUCUGAAUACGUUGUUUUUUUUUGGUCUCCUUUGAGGACAUCAUAGCCGUUCUUGCAAACCUGCAUGAAAAGUGCAUGAUUUGGUCUGCACAGUUUUAAUCCCCUCACCUCAAACAGUGUCAUGUGUUUGCUCAAGGCCUUCAAACAAGGCCUCUCUGUGGAGGGAAAGGAAAGGGUCUAUCUAUCUUUGGUCCAAAUGGAUAAUGUAUGCAAUGUGUGUAGGUACCACACGAGGGCGCCCAAUACUUCCCUAUUGGUCGCUUUAAUUACCCUGUUAUAUAUUAAUAAUACAUAUAAGUAAUACAUGUGAUAAAUGUAGUUUAAUGAGUAUGAUUAUUAAACUACAUGCAAACAGA